UUUUUUUUACGGCAGAAAAAAAAUAGCAGCAAAAAUCAUCGGGAGAAUUAACAGGUGACGGCUUGGACAAAUCCAAAAUGAGUGAGCUGGAGCAGCUUCGUCAGGAGGCCGAGCAGCUUAGGAACCAGAUAAGAGAUGCCAGGAAAGCAUGUGGAGAUUCAACCCUGACACAGAUAACUGCUGGUCUGGAUCCUGUGGGGCGGAUUCAGAUGCGAACGAGACGCACCCUCCGGGGCCACCUUGCCAAGAUCUACGCCAUGCACUGGGGUUCAGACUCAAGGCUUCUGGUUAGUGCCUCUCAAGAUGGAAAACUGAUCAUCUGGGACAGCUACACCACUAACAAGAUCCAUGCCAUCCCUCUUCGCUCCUCCUGGGUGAUGACCUGUGCUUACGCCCCCUCUGGGAACUACGUGGCCUGUGGAGGCCUCGACAACAUCUGCUCCAUCUAUUGCUUGAAGACGCGUGAGGGCAAUGUCAGAGUCAGCAGGGAGCUACCUGGCCAUACAGGUUACCUCUCAUGUUGCCGUUUCAUUGAUGACAAUCAAAUCAUCACGAGUUCAGGAGACACCACAUGUGCACUGUGGGACAUUGAGACAAGUCAGCAGACCACGGUUUUCUCGGGCCACAGCGGUGACGUCAUGAGCCUGUCCCUGUCGCCCGACCUCCGCACCUUUGUGUCAGGAGCCUGCGACGCCUCGGUCAAACUGUGGGACAUCAGGGACAGCAUGUGCCGGCAGACCUUCACAGGCCACGAGUCGGACAUCAAUGCCAUCUGUUUCUUUCCCAACGGCAGCGCCUUCGCCACAGGCUCUGACGACGCUACCUGCAGGCUGUUUGACCUGCGUGCCGACCAGGAGCUCAGCCUCUACUGCCAUGACAACAUCAUCUGUGGUAUCACCUCCGUGGCUUUCUCACGCUCCGGCCGUUUGCUGCUGGCUGGUUACGAUGACUUUAACUGUAACAUCUGGGAUGCCAUGAAGGGGGACAGAGCAGGAGUCCUUGCUGGCCAUGACAAUCGUGUGAGCUGUCUGGGUGUGACGGAUGACGGCAUGGCGGUGUGCACCGGGUCCUGGGACAGCUUCCUUAAGAUCUGGAACUGAGCCAUGCGUAUAAACAGCAAACACACGUCCAACAGACAGACACCGCUGGGACACAGUUUGCACUCUGUAUUCACACUGUAUGUAAGAUUCAACAGACAAACUGCAAUGUUGUACUGUACAUAAUAUAUAUGACUUAGGUAUGAGUUUACACACACACACACACACACACACACACACUUUAUGCAGGACAAGAUGACACAAGACCUGAACACAUACAUACACUACCUACAGCUGAUUUAAAUACACAGCAGCAAGGCUACAGUACCACACACACACACACACACACACACACACACAUAUAUAUAAAAUCUGUAAAAUGUCAAAAUGUGACCAAAUACAGUUGAAUCCUCAGCUGCCCAAAUAAAAACACAAAUGCCACAAUGACCUGAAGCCUUUUAACACAUCUAAAACACAGUCUC